CUCGCCGCGGCUGGACGCUCGUGCUUUCGAGCCUCACGGAGCUUCGAGACCCGAGCGGGAAAGCGCGCGCGAAAAGUCUCCGCAUAACGGACCGUUAACCGCGAAAGGAAACUCGUAGAAAAGAGCACUAUUGUAGGUUUAUCCUUGUUUGGAAUUAAUUGCAAGCUCAAGGGUCAGUAAUCGUACAUCGAUCUCUGAGUUUUCUCCCUAGAAAAGGUGAGCUUCCGGUCUGGGUCGCGAUUGGUUUCCCGGAGAGGCUUGGACUCGACGAGGGAUUACGAAGUUGAGAUUUACGAAGUUGGAUCCCCUAGUGGAGGGGGUCGAUUGUUUCGGUGGCCGGCGUCGACGCGAGGCUCGGAAAGCCGCCUCCGAGCGGGUUCUUCGAGGUAAUCUCGAGAGAAACCGGGAGAACUCUCGAAUCCCCGUAAUUACACCUAAAAGAAAAGCUGCCAAAGUUGCGGAGAAUCGAGAGCCGACGGAGUGAUCACCUCGCGAGAGCUCCGCGCGGUCAGCUAGGAGGAUAUAGAGGAGGAGAAACGAAACGGGAGAAAGGAAGAGGAUCGCCCGAGCAAAUUGCUGACGUCAGCGAAGGGUCCCGAAAGACGUUUCCCAUUGGAAGAGCACACAGCCGAGGAGGAUAAGGGGGGAGGGGGGGAGUGAGGGAGGGAUCAGCCGGGAGAAGCGGACGAAAGGAAGGAAGAAAAACAAACAAGAAGGAAGAAGGAGAAGGAAGAUCGGCGCAUCAAGUUCCCCUAAAAAAGAAACGGCGAGUGGAGGGGGAUGAACGGCAUCCCGUGAAAGCGGAUCGCGACACCGAAACUCGAUUAACUAAUUACCAAUUGGCUCUAAUUAACAAUUAAUUACGCAGUCUCCAAGGGGGAUUGGCUCUUCGUCGCGCCAAUUAAAAAUCACCGCCCCAACGGAAGUAGGCCGUCGGCGGCGCCAUGACGGCGGGACGCGGCCAACUGAGAGACGCGAUUGCCCACUUGUGACUCGGCUCGAGUCCUGGACCAAUCGCAGUCUCUUCUUUCCUCUCCCGAUCCGGAGAUUCAACGAGCGACCCGGCUGUUGAUAAAACACUCCGGGACUCCGAGUUGACUGAUGCGCGGUCGGUUCGUGGCCGGGGACAAAACGGAGCACCACCUAUUGGCGAUUCCUCCCCGGAGCAGCAACAAUGAACGAGAUCUGACAGAGAGGGAUCAGCUCGCUGCAUCCGCUGGUUCUCGGGGACCACGCGAAAAGAAAGGGAACAACCCCCCCAAGAUUCGCCACGGGUCUGGAACCAUGCAGAAGUAGCGUCGCCUAGUCAUCGUAUCGUGCUGUUAACCCGACCCAAUAAAAAAGCUCCGACAACAAACGAUGUUAACCUUCUAUCGACACCCGAAAUUCUGUCUCGGCGUAGCUCGAUUCUCCCAAAAAGAGGAACGCUAGAGCCACGGAAUAGCUCCUCUUCUUGGGCACUCGUCGUUGGUCACUCCUCGGGAACAAAGCCGAUUCGGUUAAGCCAAAGGAGCUUACGCGAAAGUCGUUACCACUGCGAUUGUUUUAUAUCGCUAGUAACCCCCGACGGAAACAACGAACCUGGAAGCUUUUUACCCCUUAAUUUGAAGGCGACCGAAGAACAAGGGAAACCAAGUACGCAUCAACGUCAUCAUCGGUGAUCGGUCGACCAGCACUCGACCGUUCGACACGUACAUAUUAUUGUUUUGGAGAAGAGGAAGAGUGGGGUCGUGAAUGUUUACCCUCGAGGUAGGCAAGCCGAAAUUCUAGGAUAUACUCCAACACUUUGUCGUUGUUCGGAUACUGUACGGGGGACCUUCGCGGGUCCUGGUGGUCCCAGGUGCCCAAAUCUCAGGAGCCACCGACGGAGAAUGGACUUGCCGAUAAGCGGAGUUCCUUUUGCUCGGUUUAUCUCGACGAGGCUCGGUGUUGAACGGCUAUAAGAUCGGACGACGGGCGUGAAUCAUCAUGGACUGCCGGGAAGGGGUGUGAGGAACGAGACAACCAACCAGACCGAGACAGACUCUGAGAAAGCAAGGAAGAUGUGCGUGCGCUCGCUGCUGCUCUUCGCGCUGGGCAUUUUCGCGGUCAUAAAUGAGUCCGAGGCCAGCUGGGAGGAAUGGUGGACCUACGACGGAAUCUCCGGUCCAUCGUUCUGGGGUCUCAUAAACCCCGAGUGGUACCUCUGCAGCAAGGGUAGACGACAGAGUCCCAUCAACGUCGAGCCUGACAAGUUGCUUUUCGACCCCCAUUUGAGGCCGGUACACGUGGACAAGCACAAGAUGUCCGGGCAUUUGCACAAUACUGGUCAAUUUUUGGUAUUUCGGGCGGAUAAAGAGGCCAAGGUACAAGUCAAUAUAACAGGUGGUCCACUCGCUUAUCAUUAUCAGUUCGAAGAGAUUUAUAUCCACUACGGCUUGGACAAUUGUUGCGGCUCUGAACAUCACAUAAACAAUUAUGCCUUUCCUGCUGAGAUACAAGUCUACGGAUUCAACGCGGACCUGUAUCACAACAUGAGUGAAGCGCAACAUAAGAGCCAAGGACUAGUCGCCAUUUCGCUGAUGGUUCAGUUGGGUGACACGCCAAAUCCAGAACUUCGAAUAAUCACCAGCGCGUUCAACAAGGUAGCCUAUCGAGGUAACAGUACUCAAGUUCGACAUUUAUCCCUGAAAGCACUUCUUCCGGACACGACCGGAUACAUGACCUACGAGGGCAGCACCACGCACCCCGGAUGCUGGGAAACCGCGGUCUGGGUGAUUCUGAACAAGCCCAUCUACAUCACGGCGCAGGAGCUCUACGUCAUGAGGAAGCUGCAGCAGGGAACGAAGGACGUCCCGAAAGCACCCCUAGGGAAUAACACUAGGCCGCUCCAGGGCCUCCACCACCGGACCGUCAGGACGAACAUCGAUUUCCGCAAGCGACCGGACGCAAAGUGUCCGUCUAUGGCGCACGACGUGCACUACAAAGAUGACUUUUUCUUUCCAGCGAACACGUGGAGGGACGACGGAUCCCUGUCGCACAACGUCGUGUGAGCUUUCCAAGAUGGCGGCCGAGAGAAAAUCGCACGUAAUUUCCUUAUUUUUCUUAUCAUUUUCUCUUCCAACCGAAGAAGUUCAAGGGAUAUCCUGUAAGACGAAAAUGUGCGCCUCAGCUUUCCCUGGACGGAGUCGCCGGGAAAUGUCCGCGACACUUCGAUUCCAAGAUGGCGGAUGCAGAGUUCAAAAUCCGACUUGGACGUUGCGUCGAAUUAGCUCCAGGCGAAUCAGUUGACACAAUCGACAAGAAGCAGCUGUACCAAACGAAGAGAUAUAUACAAUAACUGAAAUCAAUAAUCGACAGAGCUUUACAUGUUUCGAAAUGUAUACAAGGUUGCGUCCGACUUACGCGAGAAGGAGCGGGAAUUUUGAAUUUUGAAUCGCGACCGGCACGCCCUCCUGAGCUCGUGGCUCGUCCUCCAAACUCCAAAAUACGUACUUAAGCUUGUCAAAACUCAACUCAGUUGAUAUUUUGAAAUUUCCGAGAUACGAGGCGAGGGUUCUUCGCGGCUGAUACAGAACAAACAAAUUGAACGAACUCCGAGGUCGGAAUCCAAACGCGCAAAUUUCAAAGAACGACCACCACAGAUUUUUGUCAAUUAUUUUCUAGCCAAGACACAUACGUAAUGUCCCAGCGCGCGAUUUUCGAAAAAAACAGGAAAAUGUCUCACGAGCUUCGCACCCCUUCGGGGGGCCCGAAGAACUAGGGAAUCCUGACUAGGGAUUUAUCGGGCGCGAGGCUAGUGACUUUUCGCGAGGAACUUCGCAACACCACGGGUGGACCUAGACCAAGCGACUACGUUUUGGAAAGACCUGUAGCUAUAGCUAUUGGAUGAAUAACCCAACGCUUUUGUAUAUACAUAUACGGCCAAUAGUCGUGUAAACUUAGAGAGGAACAUGUAUAGAGACUAAAGGAAUUAUUAUGUAACGAGAGGAGCAAAGAUGGCGGCGUUGUAUAAAGUAAGAGUGGCCGGGGCGAAUAACGGCGAUUGUGGUUAACGAAUAAUAAUGAUAAUAACAACAAUAAACACAACACGUUAUAUUCUAUCA